AUGGCUUCUCGAAUGUGCAAGCUGGCGGUGGCAGGCACCUUCGCGGUGCUGGACCAGCUCCUCCCCGAGCUCAGCGUCUUGCUCAAACUGCUGGACCAUGAGUACCUGAGCUCCACAACACAGGAGAAGAAGCUGGCCGUCUCCACCAUCCUGCAGAAGCUGCAGCCGCCCCCAGGGAAGGACGUGGACUACAUGUACGUGAACACGGCGUCCCUGAACAAUGGCACCAGCUUCGUGGAGUCUCUCUUCGAGGAGUUCGACUGUGACCUGCGGGAUCUCCAGGACAUGCAGGAGGAGGAUGGGGAUGCCAGCGAUGGCAUUGGCUUGGAGCUUGCAAGGAGCCAGCCAGCAAAAAAUGUUGCUGUGGACCCUCCUCCACCAUUACCCACCACUCCUCCACCUGAAGAUUACUACGAGGAAGCCCUGCCUCUGGGCCCGGGCAAAGCUCCGGAGUACAUCACGUCCCGCAACAGCUCCAGCCCCCCAAACUCGAUCGAAGAUGGAUAUUAUGAGGACGCAGACAGCAACUACCCCGUCACCAGGAUGAACGGGGAGCAAAAAAACUCCUACAAUGACUCGGAUGCGAUGAGCAGCUCUUAUGAGUCGUACGAUGAGGAGGAGGAGGAGGGGAAGGGCCAGCAGCUGACACAUCAGUGGCCGUCAGAGGAAGCCUCCAUGAACCUGGUGAAGGACUGUAGGAUUUGCGCUUUCCUGUUGCGUAAGAAGCGUUUCGGACAAUGGGCCAAGCAGCUCACCAUCAUACGGGACAACAAACUGCUGUGCUACAAAAGCUCCAAAGACCGGCAGCCACAUGUGGAAGUGCCCCUGGGCACCUGCAAUGUCAUCUACGUCCCCAAGGACGGGCGGCGCAAGAAGCACGAGCUGCGUUUCUCGCUGCCGGGGGCCGAGGCGCUGGUGCUGGCCGUGCAGAGCAAAGAGCAGGCUGAGGAGUGGCUGAAGGUGAUCAAGGAGGCGAGCAGCGCGGGAGCGGGCGGGCUGGAAGCUCCCACGUCCCCAGUGGUGCCGCGCAAGAUGGACCUGGACAAGAGGCUGUCGCAGGAGAAGCACACUUCCGACUCAGACAGCGUGGCGACAGGCGAGACCUGCUCCCCCGUGGCCCGCAGGGAGCCUUGCGAGCACGGGAAAGGCAAGAAGAGCGGCUUGGCUGACCUGAAGGGCUCCAUGAGCCGGGCAGCGGGGAGGAAGAUCACCAGGAUCAUCAGCUUCUCCAAGAAGAAGCCUUCCCCCGAGGACACGCAGACCUCCUCCACCGAGGAGGACAUCCCUUGCUGCGGUUACCUCAACGUCCUGGUUAACCAGUGCUGGAAGGAGCGCUGGUGUUGCCUGAAGGGCAACACCCUCUACUUCCACAAGGACCGCACGGACUUACGGACCCACGUGAACGCCAUCGUCCUCCGGGGCUGCGAGGUGGUGCCGGGACUGGGCCCCAAACACCCCUUCGCUUUCCGCAUCCUUCGCAACGGGCAGGAGGUGUCCGCGCUGGAGGCAAGUUGCUCAGAAGAUCUGGGCCGCUGGUUGGGCCUCCUCUUGGUGGAGACGGGCUCCCAGACAGCGCCCGAGGCCUUGCACUAUGACUACGUGGAUGUGGAGACGAUCGCCAACAUCGUGACGGCUGUGAGGCACUCCUACCUGUGGGCCAGCUCCUCCCAGGACAGCCGGACAGACUCCUCCCGCGUGGUCUAUGAUGACGUCCCCUACGAGAAGGUUCAGGAAGCAGCAAGCAAGCCCAAUGGGAGCCCCCCCGAGCACUUGGUCCCCGUUAACUGUGCAGCUGAAAUGAGGAAGGGAAGUCCCUCCAUCCUCCCUGCCAACAAGGGGAACGUGCUGCGGAAGGCCCAGCCAGCAAAGCUGCCGUGUCGGCGUCUGAAAGCAAAUGCGCAGCAGGCGGCGUUCACCCUUGCGCCGGGCAGCGGCAGAAGGCCCGAGGCUCCCUCCCGGCCGUCAGCGCCUCCGCCGUGCCGCCACUGA